UGAGGAUUCCAUUCCAGUGAUGGAAAAGUUUCCCGAUUUCAUGCCUUCCAUGGAUCAAGCCAGAAAACAGCCACCGUACCCUUCUGCCUCCAAUAUAUCACACUGCCAACAAAUGGUCCCACGAUCACGAGAAAUCAACCUCAACGUGCAGGUCCACCACGAGGGAGGCUCAGUUCCUUUGCAGCAUCUACCUGCACACCCUGGCGACAUGGAGGAGAAGUACAAUCAAAACGUUUCGCCAUCGUCACRGCUUUCUCACGGUUCUCCAUCGUGCGGUGAGAUGGAUUCUUCAAACAGUGAGUCACCACAGAAGAGGAAGAAACGACGAAACAGGACGACUUUUACAGCGUAUCAACUCGAAGAAAUGGAGAGAGUGUUCCAAAAGACGCACUACCCAGACGUAUACACAAGGGAACAGUUAGCUUUACGAUGUGAUUUGACUGAAGCAAGAGUUCAGGUUUGGUUUCAAAACCGAAGAGCAAAAUGGAGGAAACGAGAACGCUAUUCCCAGGUCCCUGUACCAGUACGAGGAAUGCCAACCUCGCCUUAUGACCAAAUCCCGCCUCCUUCCUGGCCUCGUAAUGACCCUUCAGUGGGAAUCAGCCAGGGAGGACCAAUGCCUCGACAUCUACCCUCUCACGUGACCCUUCCAAGUUACGGCGCUGUGUUGCAUGCGCAGUCGAUGUCUUCAAUGGCGGGAAGAACGUCUCCCCCCGGGUCUCCAAACCACGUCAUCAAUACAUCAAUGGCUCCCUCUUCUCACAUCAGGUCGCAUGCUCACCAGCAAGGACCGCAUCCCAAUGUGACAAUAACCUCGUCGUCGAUGCCGCAUAAUCAUAUUUCAUCAUCAAACUAUCCGCCACAUUCUUCCCCCGGCGCAUGUCACUCUCCUCCGUCCGCUGGCCCGCAUGUAUCGCGGGACUGUAGAAUAGAAAAUGAACAAGAUCUACAGGGUGGACAGUGCGUUGUUCGACAUAGUUCUAGUAUAGCCGCUCUUCGUCUCAAAGCUAAGGAGCAUGCCGUUGCCAUGGGAAUGGUAAGAGUAUACAACAUGAGAGCUGAUGUCUGAUAUCGUUUGGAAAUUUGACAACUGUUGUCUUAGCAACAUACCGAGAAGUCUACGUGGUGCUAUGGUCCACGUUAUAGUUGCUGGUGACAGUUACCGCCAGUCAAAAAUAGUUGCCGCCAGUCAAAAAUAUGAAAGGUACCGACUGAUUAGGUUUGAAUAACAAUUGAAACAGCCAAAAGCCGAAUAACAGCCGAAAGGUACCGACUGAUUAGGUUUGAUUGAAGGCAGCAAAAAAACAAAUUUCAGCGUUCAGCUCGCAGACACAGAGUUCGCAUGUUAUGGAAACUGCGGUAAUGUAUUCGCAUAUUUGUAUGCACGAUUUUUUUUGCUGCCAAACGAGCUUCUACACUUACCUUAUUUGGUAAAACUUCUCAUCGAAAUGUGUCGCGGUUUAACGUGCAUAAUAAUUGCCAAUACAUUACUUCGCGCUGUAAAUAUAAGAAUAUCGUAAAUAUUCCGCGCACAGUACAGUUUUUAUUUUAGUUGUUUGGUAUUUAAAGUUAAGAAUAUUUACUAUAUGAGAUUAUACGCGCAAAUAGAUCAGAUUUAAUUGUUUACAUUAUUGCGGGAUGUUACGUUUUUUUUACACUUUAAAACCGAAGGCAAUAUAUUUAUACUAUUAUAGGUUCUACAACGUUUAUCGCCAGGAAUUAUUGCAUUGCAUUGCAUUGCAAUUAUUGCAAUUGGACGUUUGCACGAUGGCGUCACUUUCCUCUACUACCAGACUCCCUUGCACACUUUCUUUUAUUCAAUUAAUUAGCACCAAUUGUCUUACUAUUCUCAUGAGGCAAUACAAAUUUAAAUAAGAAAGAAAAUUCGCUAAGCAUCUUGGUCCUGGGAGUCAAAUGACGUACGCCAUCAGACAAAUGUCCUAUUAUUGUUUUCCCAUUUCAAAUCACAUGUCAUUUCCUAGAGUAUCAUUUCUUUGUUUAACGGUUGCGCAUGAAAAGACACAUGAAUAUGGAUACAACUCAAACAAAAAAUUAUGAUUCUCAAGAGAAUGGCACGUGGUCUGAUAUGAAAAUCAUUACGGCCAAGCUAUAAAGGAGGACUUUUCUUUACAUUCAGGUUUAAAUAUCGGUUACAUUAAUUUAUGGUAACCCUGGUGCAAGGGGCCCUGGAAUAAUGCCCCAAUUCACCCCAAGUCUAAAGGUUAAAAUUCAGAAUUUUUUAUUUUUUUAAACCAAUAGCAAAACAACCGUGUUAUUUCGAGUAUUAUAUAUAUAUAUAUUGAUAUAGUUUUGUAAUAUUUUCUAUUCGAUUGUACAAAUUUGCUAGGUAUUUCUUUCUAGGUAUUUUCUUAAAUUGUCAGCUUUUGAGAGGAAUAAAUGAGAAUUAAGAUUAA